AUGCAGCCAGGCACGGCGCGGGCGCGGCCGGUGCUGACGUCGCUGCCGCUGCAGGUGUUCAUAUACUUUGGUGGCUGGUGGGACGUGCUCUUCUGGCUGAUUAGCAUUGUAGUGUUCAUCUACAAAGGCAGCACACUGCCAUACCCAAACGGCAGGUUUGCCGCGGAGUUCGUCUUCCUGUGGCUGUGGCUGCUGGUGGAGCCCGUGAGGCUGUUCCUGGGGUCUAAGGGCAACAAGACAGAGCAGCCCGGGCCGCUGCUAUUUAGCCUGCUCCUGGCGCUGCCUGUGGUGGCCUUCCUGGUCUACUACAUGCGCUUCCAGACCUUCGUGUGA